CCAAUUGAUACCAAUUUGUUUAAAAGAGAUCCAAAGAACAUUCCUCCAUUGCCUCAUCCUCACCUCAUUGGUCCCAAACUUCCACUUCUUGAUCCAACUUAAAUCAAACCGCUAGUCAUCCUCCACGUGGCAAUCAUGAAAAAUCUACGGCAAGAUCCAUACCCACGUGUCAAUAAGAUCUAACACUUUAAGACAGCCGAAAUGACAUAGGAAGGUGUAUAUUCUCACACGACACAACUCUUUCCCUUAUAAAUCCAUCUCCUUGUAGCAAAAUACUACAAAAAUUACUGCACAAAAAAACAUGGCUUCCACGUCACCGUCCGAUCAAAACCUCCGAUCACCGCUAUUACAACCACCGCCAUCGCCACCGUCGAAAGAAACUGAUGAGCCGGAAAAGCUAACAAUAGACGACAUGCUUCAAAAGCACUGCGGUGAAUUUGGGCCGUGGCAAUUACGUCAUUUUGUUCUAACAAGCUUAGCUUGGGCGCUUGAAGCAUUCCACACCAUGGUGGUCAUUUUUGCUGACCGUGAACCGGAUUUCAAAUGUUUAAGUGCCGGUUGUUAUGCCACGGCCAAGACUGUUUGCGGGUUCGAACCGGGUUCUUGGGAAUGGAUAGGUGGUCUAGAGAGUUCUACGGUGGCUCAGUGGGGUUUGGUUUGUGGUCAAAAGUUCAAGGUCGGUUUGGUUCAGUCUAUUUUCUUUGGUGGCUGCAUGAUUGGUGCCGGGAUAUUUGGUCAUCUCUCAGAUUCUAAACUCGGAAGAAAAGGCUCUCUAAUAGUAGUUUGCAUCUUAAACGCCUUAUUCGGUUGCUUAACCGCACUUUCUCCAAACUAUUGGACCUAUCUUAUCCUCCGUCUCCUCACCGGUUUCAGCACCGGGGGCGUCGGUCUCUGCGCCUUCGUCCUCGCUACCGAGCCUGUCGGACCUACUAAACGUGGCACAGCAGGCAUGUCCACUUUCUACUUCUUUUCAACUGGAAUCGCCUUAUUAUCGGGUAUAGCAUACGUUUUUCGCUCGUGGCGCGUACUCUACACCGCAUCUUCUAUCCCUUCGAUUCUAUUCCUCGUCCUUGUUCUUCCGUUUAUCUCGGAGUCGCCGCGAUGGUACCUUGUUCGUGGCAGAGUAAAUGAAGCAAUGAAGAUUAUGAGCGCGAUAGCCAAAUCUAACGGACACCAUCUUCCUGACAGAGUAAUUCUAGCACUCGACGAAGAAACAAAUAAUAGUUGUAGCAUUGAUGAGGAAAAGAAACUUACCACUAAAGAUCAAGCAAUAACGGGUUCUUUAAUAGAUGUAAUUCGGUCUCCGAUGACCCGAAUACGACUCUUCCUAACUGUGGGAAUAAGCUUUUUGUGCUCUAUUGUAUACUACGGCCUUAGCCUAAACGUUGUGAACCUCGAAACGGAUCUUUACCUCACUGUCCUGCUUAAUGCAGUAGCUGAAAUGCCAGCAUUUACUAUAACAGCAGUAUUAUUGAACAAAUUCGGACGGAAACCGUUAGCUGUAGGAACACAAUGGUUCAGCGGAGUAUUUUGCUUAUUCGGAAGUUUGAUCGGAAUUUUAAUCGGUAGUUUUGGAGUAUGGAAAGUAAUAAGAAUGAUUUGCGGAGUUUUGGGUAUAUUUGGUAUGGCAGGGACUUAUAAUUUACUCUUUAUAUACACAGCAGAGUUGUUUCCUACAGUAGUAAGAAAUGCUGCACUUGGAUGUGCAACACAAGCAGCGCAAAUGGGUGCAAUUUUAGCACCUUUUGUUGUCGUUUUAGGCGGUGGGUUGCCGUUUGCAGUGUUUGCGGUGUGUGGAAUUAUGAGUGGGUUCCUUGCGUUUUACUUGCCGGAGACGCUAAAUCGGCCGUUAUACGAUACAAUGACUGGGAUGGAGAAUGGUGAAAGUGAUCAAUGUAGACUAGUUUAAAGUUGUUUGUUUGAUGUUGUUCAAUUGUUGUAAUGUUUCGUUUUACAGUGUUUGUAAUUUAAGGCUUUGAGAAUGAAUGAGCAGUGCAAGGAGCAAA